AUGGCGCAAGACACAGCCGCAGAUGGCGCAGUACCUAUGCCACGGCUGGAGGAUAUCCUUCGACAUCCGGAGGACUUGGACAAAAUCAAUGGAUUGAAGGCGGAGUACCAACGCAAGAAGGCCGCCGUGGAUUCCCGACUGCGCGAGGGUCUCCGUGAACAACUCGAGGCCGUCCAGCGCAGCAUCGGAAUCUUGACCGAUGGUCAAAGGCAGGUCUACAAGACCAGGGACGAACUCCAAGCCAUCGACAAACUUUGCGCGGAGUCACAAGAGAGCGUGGAGGACUUUGCUGAAAUCGACAAGUUGGCGCGCAUUCAACGACACUUUGACGCAACUCUGAUGAUGAAGAAAGGGCUGGAAAAUUUCGGCGCCGAUCUGCAGGAGGUUGAGAGAUUGCUCCGGGAAGAUGACGAGGACUUGGAGAAUCAACCGAACUUGCUCAAAGCGCACAUGCAAAUAUCGCGACUGCGGGAUUUCCGGGAUGAGGCGAUGGAUCAAAUUCAGAAAUCGCGAGAUAACAGCAGUGUGGAAACUCUGACGGAGUAUUUUGAGGGGCUUGACUCGGCCAUUGACUGGUUCGAUGAUCAUUUGGGCACGGCGUGCAUGAACUUGAUUCCCUUGGUGCAGGAGGACAACAAGAGCAUGGUGGUGCGGUUGGCUGUGGUUGUGAUGAAUGAAGAGAAGAAUGAUGAUACGGUCAGAGCCUUGCAGGAGGCUCAAAAGGAUCACAAAGAUCUCGUCAGCCGGUUCAAGUCUAUGAACAUUGGUCCGAAGACAGUCCGUGGCUACAAAGAGAAAUUUCUACAAGCGAUUGAGUUCUAUGCCCAGAACCAAUUCAACAAUACCAAGGAAGAAUUCCUCGCAGACCCAGAUCUCAUGGAGAAGAGCUUCCGAUGGUUCUUCAACGAUCUCUUUACUGUCCAGCAAGGCAUGCAAGCCCUCAUGCCGAAGAAGUGGAAGAUCUACAAAACAUACACCGAUAUCUACCACCGUAUGAUGCAUGACUUCCUCAUUGAAUUCAUUGAUGACCCGGAGGUUCCCGCGGACAAUCUAUUGAAGAUCAUCCACUGGAGCGAUAAAUAUUACAAAAAGAUGAAGAAGCUGGGCUGGACAUCAGCCGAGCUGCAACCAAACAUCCUGGAUGACCGCGAGCCAGAACUUGUACGACAGUGGCAGAGUGUCAUCAUCAACGCAGUGGAGGAGUGGAUGGAACGUAUCUUCAACAUUGAUAAGAAGAGUCUUUCGGAACGACAGGCGGAUUCCCUCGACACCAAUGCAGACGGAUACUUCAGGACCAAGACGCAGGCCGAUCUGUGGCGUAUGCUCCACGAACAAAUCUCUGCCGCAGGCCAGUCUGAACGAGCCGACGUUGUCGAAGGCGCAAUUGACGCCAUGUUCCGAGCCUUGAAGGGUCGUCAAGGUGCUUUACAGACGCUGAUCGACGACGAAUGUCAAAAGGCUACCGCUCCUAGCAGUGACGGUGAGGGUGUACAAUUACUGCAGGACUGGCUGGUCGGUAUGGCGAAUGAUCAGAUUGCCUGUAUCGACGACAAUGAGGAAACUGCGCAGAUGGGCUACCUCACCCGCUUCAAGGCCGAAAUUGAACCUGUCGUCACCCCCAAGUAUAUGGCUACCCGGGCCAUGACGGAGCUUGACGCACUGCGGGACGGCUAUGUUGAUCUCAGCACCCAUUGCUUGGCGCUCUUUGUGAACAUCAUCUUCACGGUGGAUCUGAGUACUGUUCUCACCGAUCUCUUCACACCACGAUGGUAUGGUGAAUUUGCCAUCAAGCGUAUCACCUCUACCUUUGACGACUAUAUGACCGACUACAGCCCAGUUCUGCAUCCGUCCCUCGUGGAAAUCCUGGUCGAAGAGCUUUCGGACGAGCUCCUCGUUCGCUACCUGUCUUCUGUUCGCAACAAGGGUGUCAAAUUCCGUCGUCAGAUGGAUCCAUUCACCGACAAGUUCAAGGACGAUCUUCUCACGGUCUUUGACUUCUUCCAGAAAUAUGAAGAGUCAUUCCCAUCUAUCAAGCAGAAAUGGCGGUUGGUCGACUGGCUCGUCCGAUUGCUGGAGGCUGAAAAGGGCCAACCUAUCGUGAAUGUCUAUGAAGGCUUCAAGCUAGAGUACUGGGAUCUUCAGCUUUCCUGGGUCGAAGCGGUGCUUCGGACUCGGGACGACUUUGAGCGUAGCAUGAUCAGCUCCAUCAAGGCCAAGGCUGCCGAACUAUCGGUUGAACGCGGAAUGGAGACCAUUAUGGGUCGGGUGAGGUGA